ACCUAUAACCUAUUUCUUUAAGGUGUUAUUAGGGGUUAAAUUAGGGUUUUUUAGAUGGAUUGGGGGGUAGUUGAAAUUGUUUCGUUCGUUGCAACUGUUACAAAUGUACUUUUGUUUUUAAGUGGGAUCCAGAUUAUCAGCAAAAUUUACACCAGAGGAAGUUCGCAGGGUUUUUCUGUUCUACCUUUUAUUGUUUGUUUUGUAAGUUCUACACUAUGGACAAAGUAUGGUCUCCUAUCAGAAGACUCAAUUAUGAUUUUAGUCAAUUUUAUCGGCGUGGUUAUAGAGGGUUUUUACACUGCUGUGUUUUAUCUUAACACAAAACAAAAGCAAAAAAAGUUACAAAUGACGAUUUUUAGCCUUCUGGCUUUUAUGUUUGCCGUUCUGAUCUACACGAAGUAUUUCGUAAACCAGGAUUUGGCCCUAAAACAUCAUGGGUUUAUAUGUGCUGCUUUUAAUAUCAUUAACUAUGCUGCCCCUUUGAGUUCUGCUGCAGUUGUUAUUCGUAAAAAAUCAACAGAAAAUUUGUCGCUAUUGUUGUCUGUUGUUUAUUUUUUGGUUUCGGUAGAAUGGUUUUUCUAUGGAUAUCUGCACCAAGAUAAUUUUAUUAUGAUUCCAAACACUCUUGGCAUCUUGUUCUGUUCAUUCCAAUUGAGUUUGUUUGUGUUCUACCCUUCGAAACGUACAAUAUCAGACCACAAACCAGACAUUGUAACAUUUUAAUAAAAUUUCUGUUUUUUCCUAUUUAUUAAAAAAAUAUUCAAGAUUUG